AUGAGUUUAUAUAAUCAACAGACCUUUCAAAUUGAAGGCAUUUCACAACAAAUCAAAGAAACCCUUGUGUAUUAUGGGCUCGUGUACAGGUUUGACGGACUGCCGCCAUUGACUCCAAGGCCGCCACUUCCUCCAUUCACACCUCCAAAACCACUUCCGAAUCCUCCAUUGCCUCCUGCCACAGCUCCUCCGAAUCCACCAUUCCCUCCUACACCAACUCCUCCAAAGCCUCCAUUGCCUCCUACUCCAGCUCCGAAUCCACCAUUUCCUCCUGCAACUCCUACUCCAGCUCCUCCGAAUCCUCCAUUACCUCCAGCACCAGCUCCUCCGAAUCCUCCAUUACCUCCAGCACCAGCUCCUCCGAAUCCUCCAUUACCUCCAGCACCAGCUCCUCCGAAUCCUCCAUUGCUUCCAAAGUCGCCUCCAAUUCCUCCGUCUCCAACACCGUCGCCUAAUCCUCCGGCACCAACCCCGACAGCUCCAGCUCCUAUGACGUCACCGCCAGCAGCACUGGCAACGCUGAGCGCAGUCUCAAGAUCUACUCCAAGAGGGAGGGUUGGGUUUUCUCUCUUCUUGGUAGUUCACGAAAUAGAUUUCUGGGUCGGAAGCGGAUGAGGUGUAACCUCGAUCAC